AUGACGACAGACGGCGGAAGGGUGCGAUUCAACCGAAAACUGUACAGCAGUGGGCUCGUCUCGCUCAGCAUUCCGGGCACGUUUCAUGGACCCUCGUGGAACCCGGAGAUGACCCUGAAGACGGUGGUGGUUUCCAUCCAGUCAUCACUCAUCGAGCAGCCGUUGGCCAACGAACCUGCACUGGGACGGGAGUUGGAAGCUUCGCUCGAAAAGACGAUCAGUUGCAACGCAAAACUGCGCUCCCAGACCCUCAGGGUUGCGAUUUGCGACGCACUCGAGGCUUGCCUCCUCGGCAACUCAUUGUACCCGCAGGACCUGCAGACGGCAGUGAUAAAGCACUUCGUACAAGAUAAUGACAAGUACGAAAGUGUAGCCUUCUUCCUACUUGGCGAAGACUCAAGCAAGGAGGAAUCUCAGCAGUACGCAGCGCUACUCGAGAGACUGCAGGACGUGUAUGAUCGAAACUGCAAAACAAGCCCAACGAUGAGAAAAAUCUGUCAAAGCGACUACAAGGGCAUCAUGAACUUUUAA